AGAAAGCUGAGUUUGGUAUUAAAAAGUUUGCAACUUUUGUUGUACUAGUUUCUGAUAUCUGUUUGUUUGGUUGUUGCUCUGUUUCUCGUUCUGGUGUGAAGUUUGGCGAGUCACAAUGACCGUGGAGGAUCAGAGGGACCGGUUUCCGGAGGGUAUGAGAGUCCUGGCCGUCGACGACGACCCAACUUGUCUCAAAUUCUUGGAGGGUUUGCUUCGCAAAUGCAAGUAUCAUGUUACUACUACGAAUCAGGCAAUCAAGGCAUUGGAAAUGUUGAGGGAAAACAGAAAUAAGUAUGACCUUGUGAUCAGUGAUGUUAAUAUGCCUGACAUGGAUGGCUUUAAGCUCCUUGAACUCUUGGGGCUUGAGAUGGACUUACCUGUGAUCAUGUUGUCAGGAUAUAGUGAUGUGGAACUUGUAAUGAAGGGAAUAGAUCAUGGUGCUUGUGAUUAUAUGUUGAAACCUGUUAGACUUGAAGAGCUCAAGAAUAUCUGGCAACAUGUUGUCCGGAAAAAGAAGUCCGAGACCAAGGACCAAAAGAAGUCUUCCAAUCAAGAUAAGGCUAGCAAUGGAACUGGAGAAGGUGUAAGAGGGGCUUCACCAACAGGUAGCUCAGAUCAGAAUUGGAAACUGCACAAGAAAAGAAAGGAUCAAAAUCGAGAUGAGGAAGAAGAAAGUGAAGAUGAUGAACAUGAGACUGAGGACUCUUUGAAUCAGAAGAAGCCACGGGUAGUUUGGUCAGGGGAUUUGCACAGAAAGUUUGUGGCAGCUGUAAAUCAGUUGGGAGUCGAAAAAGCUGUUCCAAAAAAAAUUCUUGACCUGAUGGAUGUUGAAGGACUCUCAAGGGAAAAUGUGGCGAGCCAUCUACAGAAAUAUAGGCAAUAUCUUAAAAAAUUAAGAGGAAAAGAGUCACCCUACGCGCGCAUGGGUUUGCUAGAUGGAUUUAGAGAUAUACAAUCCUUGAGAUCAGGGAGAAUGUCGAGUUCUACUUUAUCAACAUACACAUCUGGUGGGUUGCUUCGUAGAUUAAAUUCCUCAGCUGGUUUAAGCACAGGAGGAAUGACUUCUGCUGGUCUGGGCCAACCUGGUCACUCCCAAAACUUGAGCAGCUAUAUUAAUCCUUUUGCAGAGCUCCAGCCAACUGUGCCUCCAAACCAAAGUCCACAUUUAUUCCAAGGGACUCCAGCAUUAUCAAAGUUCAAUCCAUUGCAGCAGAGCAAGUGCAUCAACCACAAUGGGAAGUCCUAUCCCGACAAUGAUUCAGCAAAUUACAGACUAUCAUCUACAUUUCAGGAUUCUGGAGUGUCUUCUAGCUCACUCCCUUCUGAUUCCAAUUUUGCGAGCAAUCCUUUGGUGUUACAAGGCAUCCCACAACAAACAAAUAGUAUGGGAGUGUUUGGCAAUCCGACUUCUGUUAAAGUAUCAUUUGGCAUCUCUGGUUCCUCUAAUUUUCUGGAUUACAAUCGGUGUAGUGAAAACAUUCAGGGUGGUGCACAGUCAUCCAGCUUUUCAUCAAAUGCUUUGCCAAUGACUCCUGUUGACGAAUUAAGAGGAAAUGUAGAGAACCAAGAAGGCUUGAUUGGUGAUGUUGUACCAACACUGACUUACAUGCCAAAGCAAAGGUGGGAAGAACAUAAGACAGGCUACAUCCAUGAUUCGAAUCAAACUUUCAGCGCCAUAACCUCCCCGGGUUCUACAUUGGGUACUGAUGGCAUCGUAAGCCACAAAUUGAAUCAAAAUGAUGCAGUAUGCAAUUAUGAAAGGAAUUCCUCUCUACAUGACCAGUUAAAUGGGGCUACUCCAAUAUUCGUGCAACCAAGUGAGGCUGGUAAGUCUUCCAUGGAGACAAAGAUGAAGCCAAAUGAGGACUACUUCUUGGAGCAAACACACUCACCUAAUGGCUUCCUACAGAACAGUUAUGAAUCUUUUGAUGAUAUAAUGAGCACGAUAAUGAGAAGGGAACAAAAUGAGAAUGUUGAUACUUUACUGGACGCAGAAUUUGGGUUCGAUGCACACUCCCUUGGCUCCUGUAUGUGAGACAUUGCUGUUAGUUACUAGAUAAGAGAAUUUUACCCUCUAUUUGGAGGAACAUCAUUGUGUAAUUUCAUCUCGUGUAAUUUUUACCUCUUCCCUUGGCAACUUCUUAUGUCCUUGCAAAUGCAUAUAGGAAAACUGUAUCUUCCUCAAUUCUUUCAUUCUCUUUUCCCCUUUCCAUGUUGAAGUAAUACGCAAACGGCAGAAUAAGUUGCCUACUUUUUAU